UCAACAAGCUGCCGUUCAUUCAUAGCCAGGACUUGCCAUGGAGGAGACGUUGCAGCAAGAGAUUGAAUAUAAAAGCCAGAAUGAAGAAGACCAAGGCGGCAUCCGGCGGCGAUUGAGGGACAGGGAACUUCUCAAGAGGAGAAGAGCCGAAACAGAGGAGAAGGAGACUUACCAGUGGGAUUUGGGGUUGGAGAGCUUGGGGAAAAAACAGAGGGCUGAACAGAGGAGUGGCACAAAGAGGAGGGGGAGACCCAGGAAGACGGAAUGCACACCGGAAAGUUCUUUCACCCAGGAAUGCGAGGUCGUGGAGCCUGACGCUCCUGCUGUAGUAGUUCUUCCGCAAUCAGGGGAGGUGAUACCAGCAUUGGCAUUAGACUCUCUACCCGCUCUGGCCAGCGGAACUUUGGAACCAGUCUUGACAUGGUUGCCAAACCCUGUCCUUACUCCAGAUCCCAACGUAGCACUGGUAUCACCUCCAGAUCUUGUUACGCCUCCCAUCACAGUUCCUCCAGCUCAAACCCAAGAUUCAUCCACAGCUCCAAAUAUUUUUCCGCCUCCCACUGCAGUUCUUUCAUCUUUGGCCCAAGAUCUGGCCACCGUUUCAGAUCAAACUUCAGCUCCAAAUCUUGCUAUGCCUUCCACCUCAGUUCUUCCAGAUCUGUCCACCGCUCCAGAUCAGGCUUUAGCUCCAGAUUCAGAUCUUGUUCUGCCUCCCACUGUAGUUCCUCUCGUUCCUGUCCAAGAUCUGUCCACAGCCCUAGCUUCAACUCAGUCUACAGCUCCAGAUACAGAUUUUGUUCCGCCUCCCACCACAGUUCCUCCAGCUUCUGCCCAAGACCAGUCCACAGCUCCAGUUCAAUAUUCAGCUCCAGAUGUUGCUCCUGUCUCAGGUCCAUCCCAGGCCCUUGUUACAGAAGCAGUAGGAACGCCUUACAGUGCCCCUCAACAAGUGGAGACCCUGUCCACCAAGACACAAGACAGAGAGAACCUCGAUCUGGUCCUAAAUGAAGACUUGGGCCCAGACGAGUUGAAAAAAGAUGUACCUCUGACUCAGGACAGAACAGCUGAUGCAGAUAUGAGCGAGAACUCGUCAAAAAAAGAGCCGGAACAAAAUGAGAUAUUCACAAUCCCAUCAUUGCCCUUCCCGCCGCAAGACUACCUCCCAGGAAAUUGAUUCGGAUUUUCUUUAACUACUCUUCAGACACUGGCUCAUUACGAGAGGGCCAAGGGCUGUUUUUUUGGUUCCGUUAUUUGCUUUAGUAUUAUUUUUGUUCAAAAUGCAGUGAUGGAUGUUGCACCAGGACAAACAAUAAAUUAAUUGCUCCUCCGAAUAAGACUUUCUCGCCAUUGGCAAGUAUUAUUUUUAAAAUUGUAUUCGUAUCAAGCUGCAAUAUCAUUGUAAAUGGGGAAUUAUUUUGGGGGGGAUUUUUGAAAGCUGUUUAACCCAAUAAAAUAUAGUGCCAAUGUAUCUGGUUAUUCCUAUUCAUUGUUAUGUUAUCUUGGCUAAAAUAAAUGUG